CAGCGGACCAUUAAACAGCGUAUCGCCAGCUUUACUGCGAUUGGUAGGGCUUUGUCUACGCUCUUACAGCUCUUAUGGCGAUCACACUUGCAAUGGUGAUGUGCUUGAAUUUGUAAAGGAUAGUGCCUGAAUAAAUUUAUUAAAUCGCUGGUAAGCGUUUACUUUAUUAGAAGCGCAAGUGUAGUGUGUGUGUGUGAAAAUUGAGCGCGGAGAUUUAUUGAAUAAUAAGACAUGAAAUGUGUGAUAAAAUUUUACAAUACAAAAUUGGAAAGAAAAAUUGCAUAAAAUUACACAACAAGCUCAUCGCGACUUUAACAAUUGAAAUUUUAUUGCAACUUAAAUAUCUGUGCAUACGUCGCCACAUAGAGGCCACACACCGUCAUUUGUACAAAUAAAUAAAUGAAAGUGUGUUUAUGUGUAUAAGAAAUAUUUUUGGCUUAACACACGCACGCAAAUGUGUUUGCUCUGCUGCUAAACGUCACCAUAUCCUUGCUAGUCACAAGCUCCUGCCAAGCGUAUUCGCACAACGCAAAGCCGCAUAUCAUUGUAAGCGUUGAGGUUUUCUCUUCUUUCGCGCUCCUCUAUUUAUAUUAUUAUCAUCAUUCGUCGCUCAAUCAUCCGUUUGCUCAAUUUUGUCAAUACAGUCACUGCGUUGCAUACGCUAAGUAAUGCUCAUUCUUCAAGAUACACAAUGGCAUAACGUUAUGAGAUUAGUAACAACAACAGACAAUUGAACAUCAUUUAAAGACAUUAUCAAAUGACGAACGACAAUUGAAUUUGUUGUAAUCAAUAAAAUACGAGACUAAUGUGAGCCAAUACAUCAAAUAAGCAACAAAAAAAAGAAGGCUCUUAUUGCAAGUGUGAAAAGAAGGAGAGAUUGAGAGACGGUGCUGACAGCAUGUGGUGCCGGCACAAUAUAUAAAUAGAGUGCAAGCACCAAAGUGGCGGACUGGUAAUUGACAAACUCCUACAACAACAACAAGUUUACACAAAUAGAAUAUUUGUUGGCGUAAAAAGUACGCAGGCAUAUAACGGAAACGGAAAUAAAUCGGAAGCGAAAGCAUAAUUGAAUUUACGAGCAUCCGUAACGCCUCCGUACGUCCACUCUCACUAUUUUUCUUCAACGCUGAGUAAUGAUUACAGGAAGUAAUGAGAAAGUGUUAAAUACAAAUUAAGAAACAUAAAUGAAGAACGCGGUGAAAGCUCAUAAAAUAAAUUAAAGCAAUCUUUGAGUGUUAGUGUAGGAUUUAUAUCUGAAAAUUCUCAGAAAUCUUUUUUUGAAAUUUUUGUAGUCCGUACAUCACUAAGUGUCACGUAAAAUGACAAGAAGUCAUAAAAAGCAUUAAAUUUACCUUUCUUUAAUCAACAAGCAAGCUUUUUAAAUGAAAAUCACACUUAAGCAUAAUAAUAACGGUAAAAUAAACUUAAUUUCCCGUCGCUUGAAGUGAGAAGAUCAAAUAAUAUAACAGAACAGUAAAAAACAGUAACUUUUUGCUGUUGGACGUCCUAAAAGCCAUCGUCAGCCACAUUCACAAUGGCUGACUUGGAACGCAUAAGACUGGUUAUCCUGGGCGGUGCUGGUGUAGGCAAAUCAUCCAUCAUCAAACGUUUUCUCUUCAAAACCUACACAGACAAAUAUCGUGCCACAGUUGAAGAUCUUUUUAAUCGCGAAUACGAUUUGGGCGGCGUUACACUGAAGGUUGACAUUUUAGACACUUCCGGCGAUAUGCAAUUUCCCGCUAUGCGACGUCUGUCCAUUGCCACCGCACACGCUUUCAUGCUAGUCUAUGCGUCCACGUCUGCGUCGAGUUUUCAAUGUGUCAAACAGUGUUUCGAGGAGAUACGUGAGCAGCGCGCUGACUUCCAGGAUAUUCCCAUUGUAAUCGCCGGCAAUAAAUCUGAUUUGGCCAAUACACACAGAGAGGUGCGACUGGAAGAAGUCACCGACUGGGUCUACUGUGAAUUGCCGCGAUUAAGAGCGAAAGUGCUGGAAUGCUCCGCCAAAGAGGAUCAAAACGUGACUGACCUCUUCAAAACGUUGCUGUCACUGUCGCGAUUUCUGCCAGUUGGGAGCAAUAAUGACGGCACAAGUGGAAUAAAGCGACGUUCUUCGGCAUAUGUUAGCGCAUCGUCAAGUAGAAAUCGGCAAAGUGUGCGAAAAGGUGUGGGUGCAACAAACGUCAGUGGAAUAUGGCCUAAACACAAACUUGGUACAGACAAGAAUCGCAACGCCAGUCCAUCCGUUUCCGUUGAUAAAAACUCCAGUUUGGUCGAAGCGGUUGAUCCAGCCGCCAACAGCGAUGCCAAACUAAAGCCCAGAUCUAGGUCACUCAUACGUCGCGCAUCACGUAAAACGAAACAGCAAAUCAACAACGCAACCGAUGACUGUAAUUUCCAAUAAAGCGGCGAAGGAAGGAAAUGCUUAUAUUUGAUUAGGUGAAAAUUGCAGGAAAAUCGAAAUCAAAUAUGUAUAAAAAAUCCCUAAAGCAAAGGGGUAUGAUUAGCAACAACAAUAAGCAGCAAAGCUUACAAAGUGCAGAGUGUACAUAUGCAUGUUUGAGAGUGCGUAUGUGUACGAGCGAUGAUGUUGAUGUGCAUGUAAGUAGGUGUAGUUAUUUGUUUGUAUAAAUUUAUUUAACUACAGUCAAAGUGAAUUCACCGCAAUUGUCGCGUGAAUGAUGACGUCGAAAAAAAUUACACUUUUUGAUAUGAACGCUUAAUUAUAACUAUUAUAUAAUAUAAAUUAAGCGAAAAAUUAGCGAUAGUUUUGUUGAUGUGAACAUAUGUUUGUGCAAAAAUAAAAAAUAUAUUGAAAAAAUAAAUUAUAAUAUUCAUUACAAACUGUAUUUGUAUUGUAGUUCAAUGACGCACUAGUUGUUAUUCAAAUUGAACAAAUAAUAAUUAAAUUUAAAUUAUAAGCAUUUAGUUGUACAUAAUUCCCAUAAUUACGCACAUUGCGGUUUUAGUAACAACAAUUAACUUAAAACAACAAAAAAUACCUUUAAUGUGUUUACAUUACAUUUUCAAAGCACACUUUUUUGAACUAAAUUUUGUUUAUCAAAAUUAGUCUCGAAACAACAAAAUAGCAAACAAUUGU